AUGGCUCAAGUCGCAUUGAUCACUGGUGGCACCAGUGGGAUAGGAUUCUCCGUUGCCGAGGCAUUAAGCAAAUUGAGCAACUGGCAGAUCAACAUUAUUGGAGUUAAUGAAGAAAAAGGAAAAAAGGCAGCUGCGACACUCCCGAAUACCAGCUUCUACAAGGCCAACGUAUCCGAAUAUGAGGAACUCGCCAUAGUUUUUGACACCGUCUUCAACAAGGCCCAACGAUUGGACUUUGUCUUCGCCAAUGCUGGUAUACCUGAAUACACCGACCUCUUCGCCAAUCAGUCCUCGUCGGGGGUUCCACCUAAGCCCGGGCUGGAUCUUCUUGAUAUCAACCUGAAUGGCUCUAUUUAUGCAAGCUACCUAGCUGUCAACUAUUUCAGACGAUCGCCUGAAUCCAUGAAGGGAGCUCAAAGUUUGCUUCUGACGGCUAGCAUCGGUGGGCUGUAUCCUUGCAUGUUAACGCCUGUUUACUCAAGCUCGAAGCAUGCAUUGAUAGGCUUCGUUCGCUCUAUCGGAGACCGUCUUUUCAAGGAGGGUAUUCGCGUUAAUACCAUCUGCCCGGGCGUGGUGAAGACGCCUCUUUUGAACGAUGAGCUUCUUUCAUACUUUCCCGCAGAUAUUCUCAUACCCAUCGAGGCAGUUACAGAUGUCGCCAUGAAAACUGUUUUGGAAGAUAGUAUUAAGGACAGUAAUGGUGUUUGUGUGGCGGCAGACAAAUUCCAUUCACAGGCCAUUCAUGUGACCGGGAAGGGAUUUUAUCUUAUUGACCAACCACCAAUCAAUGACGAAGAGGCUCGGACUACUUGGGACUGCAUGAUGGGUUGGAGAUAA